CAGUUUACAGACGCAAGAGGAAAAAAAAUAAAUACGUUUAUCAUAUUACACGUGAAUCGAUUACAAUUUAAUAGUAUUUCCACCGGCUUAAGAAUUCUACUAUAUAUCCUUCUUAAUGUUGAAAAUAUGCAGAAAUACUUUAUGAAAUUUUCUUAUAUCGGUACGCAAUACAGGGGAUUACAAAGAAAUGGAAUUAAAUCUGACUAUAUAAUAAGAGAUGUGGAUACCAUACAAGGAGCUAUAGAAAAUGCUUUUACAACACUGAUACCAAAAUGCACUAAUUUGCCAAUGAUAUCCGUUUCUAGCAGAACUGAUGCUGGUGUACAUGCAUUGUGUAAUGCAGCUGAUAUUAGACUGUCCAAUGCUUAUAACUGCUUGUACAAUCCUUCAGAAGUACUUAGACAGAUAAAUGGAUACUUAAUGAAAUGUCAUCAUGAUAUCAGGCUUCUAGACUUUAUUCCUGUAACAGACGAAUUUAGUGCCAGACGUGUAGCACGGUCUAGAACCUACAUUUAUAGAUUUAUGACUCCAAAGCAGCUCGAUGAACACAGAAUACCAAUAAUUGAAAAAGUACAUACUUACCAUUUGAGGUCAGAAACCUUUGAUAUAGAAAGAUUACAACGUGGAACACAACUUUUUAUGGGAAUAAAAAAUUUCACAAGUUUUUCUGGAAAAAGUCAUGCACCUUAUCCAAUCAAUUAUGUAAGGAAAUUAAAUAAGUUGACCAUAGAAAAAGGUCAACCAUUUAUGCCUUUAGAUCCAUUGUCACAAAAUUAUGAAUUUUGGAAUAUUACAUGUAGCUCGAAGUCUUUUUUAUAUAAUCAGGUCAGACGCAUAGUAACUGCUUUAUUAAACUUAAGCAUUGGGAAUCUCACAGAAAAGGAAAUAACCUGUAUGUUACAAGUUCCUGGCCAUCAUAAUUGGAAUCCUCAUCUACAUGUAGUUCCACCAUGGGGUUUAUACUUGGCAAAUAUAGAGUACUCUCAAGAAGACAUAGAUAACUACAGUAUUAAAUACAAAUUACAAUCCCCUAAUAGGGCAACAGUUGUACCAGUAGGUUGAAAUUAAAUGUAAUACACGUUCACAAGAUAUUAAAAAGUCAUG